UCUCCCAAGUUCCGGCUGCGCCGCGCGGCGGGGGCGGCCGCUCCGGAACGAGGGGUCCGGCCUUAUAAAGGGCGCACGGGGCGGCGCGCCCUCUACUCCGCAGAAGGCGUCUGCACGGGUCGUGCCGUACGCCUGCGCAGUGUGGGCCGCUCCCGCUCCCGGCCCCGUUGCCACCCCCUCCGCCGGCCGGCCCGGCCCCGCCUCGGCUCCGGCCCUCGUCCAGCUCUCAGCCGCCCGUCUGCCUGCAGCAGGCAGCCCCGUGUCCAGAAACAUGUUCAGCUGGGUCAGCAAGGAUGCCCGCCGCAAGAAGGAGCCGGAGCUCUUCCAGACGGUGGCCGAGGGGCUGCGGCAGCUGUACUCGCAAAAAUUGCUGCCCCUGGAGGAACACUACCGCUUCCAUGAGUUCCACUCGCCAGCGCUGGAGGACGCCGACUUCGACAACAAGCCGAUGGUGCUCCUCGUGGGCCAGUACAGCACGGGCAAGACCACCUUCAUCCGGCAUCUGAUCGAGCAGGACUUCCCAGGGAUGCGCAUCGGGCCCGAACCCACCACCGACUCCUUCAUCGCCGUCAUGCACGGCCCCACCGAGGGCAUGGUGCCUGGCAACGCGCUGGUCGUCGACCCCCGGCGCCCCUUCCGCAAACUCAACGCCUUCGGCAACGCCUUCCUCAACAGGUUCAUGUGUGCCCAGUUGCCUAACCCCGUCCUGGACAGCAUAAGCAUCAUUGACACGCCUGGAAUCCUCUCUGGAGAGAAACAGCGCAUCAGCAGAGGAUAUGACUUUGCAGCGGUCCUGGAGUGGUUCGCCGAGCGUGUGGACCGCAUCAUCCUGCUCUUUGACGCCCACAAGCUGGACAUCUCUGACGAAUUCUCAGAAGUUAUUAAGGCCCUGAAGAACCACGAGGACAAGAUCCGCGUGGUGCUGAACAAGGCCGACCAGAUCGAGACCCAGCAGUUGAUGCGGGUCUACGGGGCCCUCAUGUGGUCCCUUGGGAAGAUCAUCAACACCCCCGAGGUGGUACGGGUGUACAUCGGCUCCUUCUGGUCCCACCCACUGCUCAUCGCCGACAACCGCAAGCUCUUCGAGGCCGAGGAACAGGACCUCUUCAAGGACAUCCAGUCUCUGCCCCGCAACGCCGCCCUCCGCAAGCUCAAUGACCUGAUCAAGCGGGCGCGGCUGGCCAAGGUCCACGCCUACAUCAUCAGUUCCCUCAAGAAGGAGAUGCCCAACGUCUUUGGUAAGGAGAGCAAAAAGAAGGAGCUGGUGAACAACCUGGGUGAGAUCUACCAGAAGAUUGAGCGGGAGCAUCAGAUCUCCCCCGGCGACUUCCCGAACCUCCGCAAGAUGCAGGAACUCCUCCAGACGCAGGACUUUAGCAAGUUCCAGGCCCUGAAACCCAAGCUGCUGGACACGGUGGACGACAUGCUGGCCAACGACAUUGCCCGGCUGAUGGUGAUGGUGCGCCAGGAGGAGUCCCAGAUGCCAACGCAGGCUGUGAAGGGCGGUGCCUUCGACGGCACCAUGAACGGGCCCUUUGGGCACGGCUACGGCGAGGGGGCCGGCGAGGGCAUCGACGAUGUUGAGUGGGUGGUGGGCAAGGACAAGCCCACCUAUGAUGAGAUCUUCUAUACCCUCUCGCCCGUCAACGGCAAGAUCACGGGGGCCAACGCCAAGAAAGAGAUGGUCAAGUCCAAGCUGCCCAACACGGUGCUGGGGAAGAUCUGGAAGCUGGCCGACGUGGACAAGGACGGGCUGCUGGACGACGAGGAGUUUGCCCUGGCCAACCACCUCAUCAAGGUCAAGCUGGAGGGCCAUGAGCUGCCCGCCGACCUGCCCCCGCACCUGAUCCCACCCUCCAAGCGGAGGCACGAGUGACCGGCCCCGCCCUGCCCCCACACCUCCCACCAUCCCAGCCAUCUCAGCGAGCUAGGCGAGCAGAGGCCGGGGAGGCCAAGACUCGGGGUGGGAAGGGAAGGGUCACCGGUUCUCAAGGUCCAUAAAGACUGAGCCAUGCUUCCUCAGCUCUUGAAAAGGAAAACCACCAUCUUUCUUUUAAGGCUGUUCCUGGGCCAACAGGGGAGGCAGGGGUGAUACUCAUAUGUGAAUGAUGGAAUUUUGUGCACAAGAACUAUGGAUAUUUUUAAUAUAUAACGUUAGAGGCAGUAUUCUUUCUUGCCCCCUGCUCUGUCUGGCAGCACCCCACAUGCAUCUCUGUUCUCUCCCCAUCCUUCCUUCGGGCUCGGGCUCCGGCCUGGCUGCACAGUGCCGGCAGCAACUAACCACAGGGGAAGUGCCUGCCUGGCUCAGUCUGCGGCUGUGAACACAGGAACCAUCGAGGCUCCUCGGUUUUCUUCUGACUGAGUGUGGCUUCCUCAGCAGUGGCUUCCUUCCCCCCAGCUCUGCCCCUGCCCUCUGCCCAAAUUAGGUUAGUACUCGUGCCUUUGCCCCUGGCUUGGGCCUCCCACAGGCCGUGCCCUUCCUCUUGCGUCCUGCUAGCUUUGACACACCAGGAGCCCUCUCCGCCAUCACCAUCACAGAAGCCAGGCCCAGCUGCCUUUAUGGGGCAAGAGGAGGGUGUGAGGAAACGUCUUCCAGAAAAAUAUAUAAGCUAACUUUUGUUCUCUCAAAUGACACCCUUUCAUACUUGAUGGAAUUUUCCAGCAACAUCCCAACCACUUGUUCAGACGCUGUGACUUGUCUCCCCUUCCCCACACUCCAGCCACAGGCAGCUCCACCCAGGAGCCAUUCCACAUGGGGCCCUGCACAGCAGCCCCCUGCCUGGGACCCCAGAGCUGGUGUUCCCUGACUGAGGAGGGGUUUCUCCCAGCUCCCUCCCCGUCUUGUUUGAAGUGUAGUCCCCCUCAGCCUUCAUGCUCUCACUUUCUGGAACUUUUUGGUGCCCCCCGCAUCACUCGGGGGAGUUGGGUCUUCCUGGAUGUGGGGGUGGCUGCAUGCUGCCUGGUAAGAGGAUGGGGCCGGGGCUCCUCCGGCCUGGAGAGGCUUGGAGAAGCGGCAGCCAGGGACCAGGAAACCCAGCCCCCCUC